AAUCUCACCACCACGCAUCACUGGUCAAACCCUAGCCGCCAUGAGUUCCGACGACAAACCGAAGCUCCCUCAGGACGUCGUUGUGGACAUCCUGAAGCAUUUGCCGGUGGAAUCUCUGCUCCGGUUCAGGUGCGUUUGCCGAUCAUGGCGUUCCACCAUUGACGACCCUCGUUUCGUGGCCCUCCACUUCGAUAGCUCCGCUCUUGGCGCCUCCAAUUGGCACAAGGUGUGUCUAGAUUGGAGCGAUCCUUUGCGAAACCUGUGCUCUGUGUUCUCCGAUGUGUCUCUUACCCUGCCUCUUCAGCUACAAAUCGAAGUCCCGUUUGGUGCUCCUGACAACCGUUACGUUUUUAUCGGUUCGUGUAAUGGUUUGAUCUGCGUCGCGAAACUUCACGAAAUUUGCUAUGACCCGACGAUUUAUUUGUGGAAUUUAUUCACCAGAAAGUACAAGGUGGUUCUACUACCCGGUCUACAGCAUCAAAGGGUAGAUUUAGGAUUUGGCUUCGACGCCACGUCUAAUGACUAUAAGAUUGUGAGGCUUCGUGAUAAUCCUGGACGGCUCGGUGAGGAGAAGCCUGGAGUCCAGGUUUACUCGCUCCGUACAGAUUCCUGGAGAAGUUUGGAGUGGAAAAGUUUGGAGUGUGAGGCUGCUGCUUUCCGCGCCCCAAAUCCCGCGGUCUUCUUCAAUGGGAGUCUUCACUGGUUUAUUUUAAAGUUCAGUGAUCUGAUGGGGACUUAUGUAUACGGAUCAAUACUCUCGUUCGACCUCGCAGGUGAGGUGUUCGAUCAAAUGGCUCUGCCGGAAGAGUUUUGUAAUGACCAUUCAGAACUUUCUAUGGCAGUACUCAAUGGCUUGCUGGCGGUGUUCAUUGAUUGCGUGGAGGAGGGAGCUGGGUAUCCUGACUCGCAUUCCAUUUGUUCUGUUUGGGUCAUGAGGGAGUACGGCGUGCCCGAGUCUUUGACUAAGCUAUAUACUUUUGACGUUUGUGCACUAGUAAAUGAAUUCUAUGGCUUCACAGGCAAUGGCGAGGUUCUGAUGUCCAUGGAUGGCAGAGGACUAGUUUCUUGGAAUCCAAUCACGAGACAAUUUGAAAAUCUUCCAUUAUCGACGAAAUGUGACAUGGUCACCGUUGUAGAGAGCCUCGUUUCACUUUAGAUAUGACUGGAUUGCUACUCCAUUUACAAGUGCAAAAGAUUGAUUCUACUUGAAGAAAAGUUGAAAAAUACAUC